UUGCAGAUAAAUUUUGUAUUUCUAUUUAACAUAGUUAGGAUUUUAAUGACAAAGCUGAGAGCUUCAACCACUUCAGAAACAAUACAGUACAGGAAGGCAGUCAAGGCCACAUUAGUUCUCCUGCCUCUGUUAGGCAUCACCUAUAUGCUUUUCUUUGUCAACCCUGGUGAAGAUGACAUUUCCCAGAUUGUUUUCAUCUAUUUCAAUUCUUUCCUGCAGUCUUUUCAGGGUUUCUUUGUGUCAGUAUUUUACUGCUUCUUGAAUGGUGAGGUCCGUUCUGCUGCCAGGAAAAGAUGGCACCGCUGGCAGGACCAUCACUCCCUCCGAGUGCGUGUGGCGCGUGCCAUGUCCAUCCCCACGUCUCCGACACGGAUCAGCUUCCAUAGCAUCAAACAGACCGCAGCUGUGUGA